AUGCUGAGCACGUACAUCGAGGGAUAUAACUGGACACACUACAGCUACCUGAACCCAGUGAGUUUCCUAGAGGGGCCACAAGGCAACCCGACAAGCUGGGUGAACUCUCUCCCCAUGUCCACUGCUGGUGACUUCUACAAUUAUAUCGCUAGACUCCAGGCCAUGCCGAAGCAGCUGGAUGAAUUCUUGGAACUGUUGAAGACGGCAGUUCUUUUGAAUAGAACGUACAACGCAGUAUCUAUGAAUCGCUUGGAAGUACAGUUUAAUGACACGAUCAAGACGAAUCCCAUAGAAUCCCCGUACUACACCCCGUUCAACGGCACCCUGGACAACAGCACCACCAUAGACGAAUCCGACAAAACAGCUCUCAGAACCAAAGCAACUGCUUCAAUAACGUCCGUGAUGGACAAAUUCCAGGAACUCUGGAAUUAUAUACAAACGGUGUACAAAACCAAUACGCGGAAAGAGUACGGUGUCUGGGCGUGGCCUAAUGGCAGGAAGUUCUAUGAAACAUGCAUCAGGUGGUAUCUUGACUCGGACCUGACCGCGGACCAGAUUCACAAGAUCGGACUCAACGAGGUGGCACGGAUAGAAGCAAACAUGAGGAAAAUAAUGACGAAACAAGGCCACGGCGACAAAACGAUAGCAGAGUAUUUUCAAAUACUUAUGAAUGAUUCUACGCAUUUCUUCAAAACCGGCGAUGAGAUUCUGGAAGAGUAUAGACGACAAGUAAACGAAGUGAUUGAACCUCGUAUGAAGGACUGGUUCAUCAACAGACCUGGCCUACCACUCAUUGUCAAAUCUACGCCAUACGAUGGCAUUUCUGGAUCGUACACGAGCGGAAGUCCUGAUGGUUCCACUCCAGGAAAAUUCUGGGUGAAUGUGUUUAGACCUAAGGAUACGCCCAAAUACACCAUGAUGGCAUUGACACUUCACGAAGCAAUUCCAGGCCACCAUUUGCAGAUUAGUCAUUCGAUCACAGCAGACACCCCUGACUUCCGAAAGAAAAUGGAAAGCUCUUCUCUUUACAGAGUGCCAUUUGCUUUUCCGCGCUAUACGGCGUAUGUCGAGGGAUGGGCUCUUUACGCUGAAGCGGUGGGAGAAGAAAUGGGCGUGUACGGAGAUGAUUAUGAACUAAUGGGAAGAUACAAUUCAGAGAUGUUCAGAGCUUGUCGUCUGGUCAUCGACACGGGUAUCCACGAAAAAGAGUGGAGUAGGGAACAAGCUAUUGAAUAUAUGCUAAACUAUACUUCGGAAACUCGGCCUGUGGUGGAAACAGAAAUUGAUCGGUACAUAACCUGGCCCGGUCAGGCUUUGUCGUACAAGAUCGGAGAAAUCAAAAUCAGAGAACUAAGGGCUAAAGCCGAAAAGGAACUAGGCCAGUAUUUCGACAUAAAGGAGUUCCAUUCGGUUGUCCUUGAGAGUGGCACCCUGUCUCUGAAUGUCCUGGAAAACAUCGUGAAUACUUGGAUAGAAAACCACGAACGUGGGGGAGAACCACCAGUUCCUUGCGGAGCUUCCGGUUUAUCAACAGUUAUUCCCCUUGUCUUAUUAUCUUUUGUGUCAAAAAUCUGUGAAUAGCCUUUAUAAAAGACAAUAAUAAAAAAAUAAAUAAUGAAA